GUUUGAGUUAUGCUUCUUGGCUCUGCCCUCCGUCGCUUUUCCGUCGUCCAGAGAAUUUCGCGUUCAUUUUACUCCACCUACACAAGACCUGCACCGUAUUCUCGACGCACUGUCUGCGUUAAUAACCUGCCAGAUGGAUACGAUGCCGCCAAUAUCGUUGAUUCCAUUCGGGCAAAUCCAGUCGAGCUGAUUACACCGUCCAAAUACCAUCUUUCAGUUCGAUUUCUCAGUGAAGAAACGGCUAACAAAUGUAUCUCCAACAAUUCGUUGAGCGACCUGUCGUUAACGUUGGAGGAGGAGACGUCACCGCGACUAUCUGCUUACCAAGUCGCUGAGUUAGGAUUCAACCAUCUAUCACGCGCGUUCAGAAUCAUCAGCCUACAGCCGGACUUUGACGAAGAUAAAAUGAGGGAGAUCGUCUAUUCUCAUCCGACCGUGGAGUAUUUCAGUGUCGAUCCAGAGCAGCAACAGGUGGAUGUUCGUUUUUGGGACAUUUGGCAGGCAGCAAAGGCACGUCGCGCACUUCUUGAAUACCCUGGCUUCCCGGGCUCCCGGAUCGUGUCUGUUCUAGAGGAAGAUCUCAACUACAUUUUCCCGGAUUGGUAUCCAAGCGCAGAAGACAACAGACUAAAUCUCAAUCGGAUCGUGAUGAUGUCUGACCUCGAUACUCCAGAGCAGCUUGGAUUUUGUAUGAACAGCACUCAAAACAUCGAAAAUCACCUGGUGUUGUUCAGAGGGCUUUACAAGAGAGACAAGUCUAUGAGGCUACGCUUCAUCACUGAAGCCUCUGCGCAGCAGUUCUUUGCUUCCAUUCAACCCUCAGCUGAAGCAGCGGGGGUGAAAGUAUCACUGAAAGAGGACAUUCAUAUCGUGCCUCGCGGGGCGGUCACUGCCGUUAGCUUGGGCGCGUCUCGGGUGGUUUGCGUGCGCAUUAGUAAAGAGAGACGGCGUUCUAUUCAAGAUUAUCGAUCGAUGUUUAUCCAAUACGGAGCUCUGGGGCAUAUUUCUGAGAAAUUCAGUGAUGAUUCAGAUAUGGGUCUUGUCUUUCUCACAUAUAAUAGCAUUUUCAGCGCAAUGAGAUGCAUAUAUGACCUGUCGUGGUCGUCGAAAAACGUGCCAGGGUUGUGGGGCGCUCCCAUCAAUUUCCUCGGUGCCGAACACUUGCUUCCCUCUGUUGUCCCACCAGAAGGCAGACCUUCUUCUCCGACAGAGUAUUAAUGGCGCUAAUAUGACAUCCGCCUGGCUGGAAGAUAUGUUUAUAGUCCACGUACAAUGAUGGUAUCGAAAACAAUCGCGAUUGAGUUGCCAUAAUCUCAUUCUGAAAUACGCAUCCUGUAAUUUCGGAUUCUUGGCCUGUCUGUUUGCCUCCAGCCCCGUUUCUAUGAACAAUGCCCGAAAAGACACAAGUAUAUUCUCAAAUCCUAAAGAAGCAUGCUUGAUCCUUAGUCACCCCUUACUUCAGCAAGACUACACUGGC